AUGGCAGACGCUAACGGCAUACUCGUUUUCGGCGACGCUCCCGACGGACAACUGGCUUCCACUGCGCAGGAACUCCUGGCGGCCGGUCGUUCCCUGGCCGACGCCCUGAACCAGGAGCUGGCCAUCGCGAUCAUCGGCGCGGACGUUGCCGACGCGCCCCGGCAGGCGAUAGCCCACGGCGCGGACAAGGCCUACGCGGUGACCAACCCGUCGCUUGGCGACUAUCACCCUGACCUGUACCUGGCCGCGAUGCAAACCGUGGCGGACGAGGACAAUCCCAGCAUCAUCCUCAUCUCCCGCAAUAACGAGGGCCGCGAACUGGCCCCCCGGCUGGCCUUCCGGCUCGGCGUGGGCCUGGCACAGGACUGCCUGGAAGUGUCCGCCGAUGCCGCAACCGGCCGACUGCUGGCCAACCGCCCGGUGUACGGCGGCAGCGCCAUCGCCGUGGUCAGCUGCACCCACACCCCGCAGAUUGCCGCACUCCGGCCCAAGACCUACGAGCCGUUGGACGCUGACGCCGGCCGCAGUGGGCAGGUGGUCGCGUUUCCCGUAGACAUCGACGCCUCGGCGGCGAAAACCCGCGUCAUCAACGUGGUCAAGGAAGAGGCCGCGGGCAUCAAGCUCGAAGACGCCCGCAUCGUCGUAUCGGGCGGUCGCGGAUUGGGCGGCCCCGAGCCGUUCUCCCAACUGGAAGAACUUGCCGGGCUCCUGGGCGGAGCCGUGGGAGCCUCCCGCGCUGCCGUGGACUCCGGGUGGGUUCCCGCCAACUAUCAGGUGGGCCUUACCGGGAAGACCAUUACCCCGGACCUCUACAUCACCGUCGCCAUUUCCGGCGCGAGCCAGCACAUGGCGGGCUGCAGCGGCUCCAAGGCCAUCGUCGCCAUCAACAAGGACGCCGACGCCAACAUCUUCAAGGAAGCCCGCUACGGAGUGGUCGGCGACUGGGAGAAGGUAAUCCCCGCCCUGACGGAGACGGUGCGUGAGUUGACGCAGUCGUAA